GUACGGACUAGGUAGCGCUCAUCAAUAACCCGGCGAGCGAGGCACCUACCUAUCAUCACCAUACAUAUAUACAAAAAAAAAUGGUGGUCAAAGAGCGUUGCAGAGGCAGCGACGUCCCAACUUAAAACUCUCACGCUUAUGCCCUGAAAAGCUUCCGCCAUUCCGCACUUGAUGAAAUAGUAGCUUGCCUUCUACUCCCUCCAAUUGCGUCCCCGUUUUCCACUUGCUUUCACAACACUGGAUCUGAAUACUCUAGAUCCAGAUCCUUCCUUUAUUAUUGAUCUCACCUUCGUCCUUCAUUGCUACGUUGAUUGAGAUAGUCUAUACGGAGAAGAUACGGGCACCUAAGCUCAGAGUCGGAGAGGAAUAUGAAUAUCCUUGGUGGCGGCAGCGGUGGUGGCAAAGGAGUGGUGGAGUGCAGCAUUUGUCACUCAAAGUUGGGAGUCUCGCCCCACUCCAAGGCCGUGUCUAAGGCCUACGAUCGGCACCGGACUGACGUCUCCUUGAAAUCUCGCGCCUUUAACAUCUUUUUGGUCGGUGGAGAUUGCAUACUGGUUGGCUUACAGCCUAUACUGGUAUAUAUGUCAAAAGUGGAUGGGAGUUUUAAGUUUAGUCCCAUCAGUGUUAAUUUUUUGACCGAGAUUGCCAAAGUUAUCUUCGCAUUAGUGAUGCUCUGUAUACAGAGUAGGCAUCAGAAAGCUGGAGAGAAGUCCCUUCUUUCUCCUUCUACUUUUAUUCAGGCAGCAAGGAACAAUUCUCUACUGGCUGUUCCAGCCCUAUUUUAUGCUAUUAAUAACUAUCUGAAGUUCAUCAUGCAGCUGUAUUUUAACCCUGCAACAGUGAAGAUGCUGAGUAAUCUGAAGGUUUUGGUCAUAGCACUUUUGUUGAAGGUAAUCAUGAGGAGACGUUUUUCCAUACUUCAGUGGGAAGCUCUUGCACUUUUGCUUAUAGGUAUUAGUGUGAAUCAACUGCGAUCUCUGCCAGAAGGAUCUAUUGCUAUUGGGCUUCCAGUGACAACAAUAGCGUAUCUGUACACACUGAUUUUUGUUACUGUUCCAUCGAUGGCUUCAGUUUACAAUGAGUAUGCCUUGAAGAGCCAAUAUGAUACCAGCAUUUAUCUUCAGAACUUGUUUUUAUAUGGUUAUGGUGCAAUCUUCAAUUUUCUUGGAAUACUCAUAUCUGCCCUUUUCAAAGGACCUCAUAGCUUGGAUAUUUUACAAGGACACUCAAGGGCGACUAUAUUUUUAAUAUGCAACAAUGCUGCACAAGGGGUCUUGUCCUCAUUUUUCUUUAAAUAUGCUGAUACAAUCCUGAAGAAAUAUUCAUCCACCGUUGCCACAAUUUUUACUGGAAUAGCAUCUGCUGUUCUGUUUGGUCAUACCCUGACAAUGAAUUUCGUUUUAGGAAUCUCUAUAGUGUUCAUCUCAAUGCAUCAGUUCUUCUCACCCAUGUCAAAAGUCAAGGAGGACCCACAAAAUGGUGGUUUGGAAAUCAUAGAUACUAAAUUCAGGUCGAAGGAUUCUUCAUUUUUGGAUAUGGCUACUGGAGCCCAUGAAAAUGCAAGCCAUCGGAUCCCACUUGAUGACAGAGAACCUCUUCUACCUAGAUGAAACUAUCAAUAGAAAUAAUUUCAGGUAUAUACAAAUCAUUGGAGUGGCAUUCUUUGGCUUGUCAACAUAGAUGGACAGUACAGAUGUUGGACCAUUUAUAUAUAUAAUAAUGAUGAUGAUCAAUCUCAAGAGUAUUACAAUCAUUUCUUUUUCUUUUUCUUUUUUAACUCAAAAAGGUCUAGGAAAAUUUGGUAAGAGAGAGCACCAAGAUUUUGAAGCCUGGUAUAUGAGGAUAAUUUUGUAUGUAGUAUUUGUUUCUUGCUAUUUUUAUUUAGGAACUAAAAUCCGCAACUCGGACAUAUUUCCAUUUAAUACGUACGUUGUAGCGAAGUCCGAACUGUUAAAGUGGUCAAAUCACGUUCCCUGGUGCCUCUAUGUUGAUACAUCCUAUAGCAGUAAACAACUUUUUUUGCGUA